AUGCCUACUAGAUUAACUAAAACCAGAAAACACAGAGGUAAUGUUUCUGCCGGUAAAGGUAGAGUUGGUAAACACAGAAAACAUCCAGGUGGUAGAGGUAAAGCUGGUGGUUUCCAUCAUCAUAGAACAAAUUUAGAUAAAUAUCAUCCAGGUUAUUUUGGUAAAGUUGGUAUGAGAUAUUUCCAUAAACAACAAAAUCAUUUUUGGAGACCAGAAAUUAAUUUAGAUAAAUUAUGGACUUUAAUUGAAUCAGAUAAAAAAGAUGAAUAUUUACAAUCAUCAUCAAAAUCAGCUGCUCCAGUUAUUGAUACUUUAGCUCAUGGUUAUGGUAAAGUAUUAGGUAAAGGUAGAUUGCCAGAAGUUCCAGUUAUUGUUAAAGCUAGAUUUGUUUCAAAAUUAGCUGAAGAAAAAAUUAGAGCUGUUGGUGGUGUUGUUGAAUUAAUUGCUUAA